AUUAGGAAAAAAUUAAACAAUAGAAAUAAAGUAAAAAUAUUCAAUUGUUAAAUUAAAACAAAGGGCAUCGCGUUGCCAUGACGAAAAUAGUUGUUUCAUGACAUUAGACAAAAACAAAGAUUUCGUUACUCUUCCUUAACUCGCGAUUCUGAACGGACGUUCAAAUUGUUCUUUCUUUCUCAAAAGUGACAAAUAAGGAAAUUGUAUUGAAGAUUAUUUAAAUAAAUAUUACAAUUAUUAAAAUAUAAUUAAAUAUUUUUUCUCCUUUCUCAUUAUUUCCAAUAUCAGAAGAUAUUUAAGGACUCUUCUAGAAAGAAGAAACUUCACUGAAAAAACAUCCUUCAUCCAUAAGAAUUUCCAGGUUUCUUUCUUUAUUUCCACCUUUUCUAAUCUUUCCUUUCCUAUCUUUACGAUCCUCUCCGUAGGAUCGAAAAAUAACUUUUUCCUUUCUUCUUUAUUUCACGAUCCUCCCGCAGGAUCGGAAAUUGACUUUCCUUCUUUUCCUUCAUUAUUUCUCGAUCCUCUCCGCAGGAUCGGAAAUUCUCUAAUCUUUUUUUUCCUUUUUCUUAAAAAAACUCAUUCUUUUUCCUCUAUUUCACGAUCCUCUCGCAGGAUCGGAAAUUGAUCUUUCUUUCUUUUCUAUUUUUCUAUUAUUUCUCGAUCCUCUAUGUAGGAUCGGAAAUUAAAUUAUUGAAAUAAUAACAAAGAAGAAAAAUUCUGGAUAACAAUUUUGGCGCCCAACGUGGGGCCUUAGGUCAUUUGAAAAUAACCCGAACCCUGAAGUCUAAAACUUUUUCAACCUCACUUCCGGGAGUGGGAUACAGAAAAUAAACACCCGGUGGCGCCUGACGCAAAAUAUUUAUUUUUAUCUCUACAUAUAUUAUGUUUCCAAAAUCUUUAAUUGAAGUGAACAAAUCACCUUACUCCGUUCCUGUCACUAUCAUCAGAAAGGAGUCAAAUCAACGUUUUAGCAUAAAAUUUAGUGAAUUAAAUUCCGAAAAGAAAAUUUCCAAAUCAACUCCGAAUCUGAAAAAAUAAAUCAUCGAUUAAAUCUCAACGACAUUUUUACCUGUUUAUGGAUCAACAAAAUUAUAUCUUACCAAAGGACAACACUGGCUUUGUGAACGUUUAUACCGACGGUGCAUGUUCAGGAAACGGAAGGACAUCCCCAAAAGGUGGUAUUGGCGUUUUCUUCGAAGAUAAUCAUCCCUUGAAUAUAUCUGCUCCUCUCACCGGCAAGCAAACGAACAAUCUUGCUGAAAUACAAGCUGCGACUCAAGCUGUACUACAAGCCAAAAAAGCUGGCGUCUCUAAACUCCGAAUCAAUACAGAUUCCAAAUAUUUAAUAAAUAGUUGUACGGAGUGGAUUCCUCGUUGGAAGGAGAAUGGCUGGAUUACAUCAUCUGGAAGACCUGUAAAAAACAGAGAAGAACUUCAAUUUUUGGAAAAUACAACAAAGAAUUUAGAAAUAAGUUGGAUACACGUACCUGGGCAUCAAGGUCAUCCGGGAAAUUCUAAAGCCGAUGAACUAGCUAGAAGUGGAAUUAGGAAACCGAUUUCUGAUGACAUCUAGAACUCCAUUA